CAGUUGGUUUAAGACUUUAAGGUACAUUACGUAUCAGUUGUUUUUUGAGCUUAAGAUAAAGAUACUAUAUAUAUGGCCAAAUCACUUACACUCAUUCUUUUCCUGUUUUGUUUUUCAUGGAUACUAUUAGGGCACAUCACAUGGUCUAUUACAGACAUAUCGUUCUUGCAGUUGGUAAAUCAUGGGAUUUUAGAGGAGCUUUUACAGAGAUUGAAAGAGUAGAGAAGGUUUAUUACAUGAUGAUGGUUCACAAAGGACGGAAGGCGUCUGAUAAGGAGGCAGUGAAGAAUGCUGACUUAGCAGAUCUGGAUGUGGAAGUUUCUGACCAAAACAUAGAAUCUGAAGACGAUGUAGAAGUUAUUGACCAAGAUGUAGAAUCUGUAGAUAUUCUUGAUGUGGAAGUUUUUCACGCAAAUUUAGAAUCUGAAGAGGAUGAUGGUGAUAUAAAGCUAAGUGUAUCCGGCAGUAUAUGACAGAGCUAUCCUACUUGAUAAACUUUGGAAUGUCAGCUGGCCAGAGAAUGUUGAUUGGAUACACAAGUUUACUCUUGAUUAUAGUUAAAAGAAAGAGGUGGAUGUGAAUGACGACCUGAACCAAGAGCUAUCCUUUUAUAACCAAGCUCUUGACAAUACUAGAGAAGCUUUUACGAAAUUGAAAUUUAAUGAAUAUUUCUUUUUGAAGGCCUACAGAUUAUUAUGCUAAAAUGGUGAAAAGUGAUCAUCACAUGGAAAAUGCUAGAGACGGCUUUUGGCCGGAAAAAAAAAAGAAUCUAGGAAGCAGAGGAGAGAAAGAAGGCUAGAGAGAACAAAAAGAUGUCAAAACCAGUCCAGGCUCAGAAACAAAAAUAGAGGGCUAAGGAAAAGAACAAGAUUGAAUCUGUUAAAAAGUGGAGGAAGCAGAGGCAACAAAAUGGGUUCCCUGGGGUUUAAAAAGAUUUUGACAUUGGCUUAUCGUUUGAGGAUGGAAAUAUAUUUGAAAGCUAAAAUAAAAAGAGACAUGGGGUGCAUCCUGGUGAUCGUUCUAGAGGCAAGGCACGCCAAGGUGCUGGCAAGGGUAAACCAGGAGCCAUACAAAUUCUUCAGCAGGGACAUUAAUUCAAAUUCUUCAGCAGCGACAUUAAUUCAAAUUCUUCAGCGGGGACAUCGAACUGAAGCCAUCUUCUGUUUUCAUCGGAGUGUAGGAAAAGAUCUGCUGUGUCCUGUUUCGCCGCCUUCUAUCUGGGAUAUCCAGAGGAGACAUGGUGUUAACGAAAAUCGAGUGCCUGGUGAUGUAAACAAUGAGAACAUCGAAAAUGUCGAUCCCAAUUCACAUACUGCAUGUGCGGGAAGUAAUGGACGAAAGAGUUGUCACACGCCGAACUCCUCUUCUAUGUCUAAUAGUUUUCUGCCUCGAUAUGAUGUUCCUCAAUCGACUGAAAGCAAUGAUCCAAAUACGGGACCGGUUUCAAGCGGACCUUCUGACAUAACAGGUUUUCAAGACAGGUUUUCAAGUCAGCUCAAAGUUAAGUGAUGCAUCUGUAAUUUUAGUUACCCUUAUCAUUAUUUUGUUUGAUUUUAAGUUUUAUUCAUCUUUUUCUUGAUUAUUAUUGUGAGUAAAGUUUUAUUUCAACAAUUCAGAUCUAUGGAUUUUGAUUAUUGUGAGUAAAGUUGUAUUACAAAUGUUGAAUAUGGAUUUUGAUUUAUAAUUAAAUAGUCUCCUGAUUGCUUUGGUGGUGUUGAUCUGUCAUGAUAAAUCAGUAAUAAAGUUUUUCUACAUUUGAUCUAUAUAAUUGAUCAGUUAUAAUUGGAUAAUUGGAUGGAGUCCUUAAGCUUAUGCUGUUAUGCAUGUUACUCCAGGCUUAGGGAACUACCAUGGCCCAUGGUGUUAGCUAUCUAGAAAAAGAAUGGUCUAGCAAGUGAUAGGCUCUUUCUCUGUAUAUUUGUAUACUCUCUCACUGUAUACUUAUAUAUAAAUGUUGGAUUUUCUUCUCGCAGGGGUCCUAAGUGAUCAAAAAAGAAAGAACUCAUCUUCUUUCUUUUUGGAAGAAAACAAGAAAGAUCGGUUAUGUGUUUUUUUAGUUACUUUUUUGUAUAUUCAAGUUUUUACCUUGAAGAGUACAUUCGUAAGACACUGAUGAUUCUUACUGCUGAUGGAACUCAUGAUUAUCUAGGUUGAUCCUGCAGUUGGGGCAGCUCUAAUGGCUUGGAAUUACUUAACUAAAGAAACAAAUGAGGAAUUCCAUAGACAGCCAUAGUGGGAUAUGAUAAUAGUGUAUAGUUACAUAGGAUGAAAUUUAAGAUUGAUAGGUGGUUGCUGAGGAAACUGGUUUCACCAGGGAUGAGAUGAUUAGCAGCUAGGGAUUCAAAUUUUUUGAAUACUCAUGAAGUUGGUGGGCAUGAAAAGUUGCAAAGUGCAUGUGGGAGUUGUUCUGAAGUGUCCAAAGCAGGCUGAUCAAGAAUAACAAUAGUAAAGCCGGUCUUUCGUGAAAGUUGUGAGAAUUGUCUUUGUUUCUUUGCUCUGGUGGUAUGCCUGAUAAGCAGGACCUCUGGUUACGUAGAUUAAAUUGUACUUUCAUAUUGGGGUUAAUUUAACCUAAGGUGAUUACAAGACAAAAAAUUCUCCGUGGCAAGUCUGGGAAUGAAAAUAUGUAUACUUUCUAACUAAAUAAAGUGAAUACUUUUGCAUUACACUAUAUGCAAUAUGCAGUAUAAGAAUUUAUGUGGCA